UCAACAAUUUCUGUUUUCACACAAAUGAUAUUCGCACUGACCUUAUGAGUAGUUUGUGCAGUCGAUGUAAUACCGAACGAGAUUUAAUUAUUCCGUGAUAUAUCUAACUUUGCUGUUCUAUAAGUGAAAGUAUACUGUUCCGUCAUUAACUUCCUAAACAUGUCCGGACAUGCCUAACAUAAUUUGACUUUUAAAUGGAGCUCAUCAUCAUCUCAACAGACUCGAUGAUUCAAUGAUUGGAUGUUUCCUGCAUGCAGUAGCUCUUAUCAGAUGCUCUGCACUGAAAGCAGCUGAUGCUUGGACAUCAUGACAGUGUUAAAGACUGGAACUGCUGCUUUGGCUGGAAUGAGUGAAAACUUGUGGUUGGAAAAAGCAUGUGCUCAACUUAUUCCUGCUUUACCAUUAUGGAUCAUUGAAUAUGCAUGGACUAAACGGGUGGUGGAGGUCUUAGAAGCUCUAGGACCCCCAAUAUGGCUAGAAGGUGACUGGCAUCUUCUGACCCUUGAAGAGCCGUGCAGAAUCCGUGUGGUGGCAGCAGAGGUCUGGAGGAUCGUGCAAGCCAGAGACAUCAAGCACUUUGAGAGAGUCACUGAGUUUUUGGAUGUUACGUACACACUUGUGCCAAGACUAGUGACCCCCAUCAAACACAUGAAGAUCAUGUUUGGUCUGCAGACUCUGGUUAUCAUGUGGAUGUUGUGGAAUGACCAGAGCACUGCUAAAAUCUCUGACAAGAUUGAAAACUUUUUCCCUAAAAGCCUUCCGGAGUAUCACAAAUGUAGCCGCAGGAACAUGGAUCUCAUGCAGAAAAACCAGGAAGAUUUCAAGGCCUUUGCUCAUGUUCUGGCCAGAGACAGGGAUAUACGUGAGACUUACAUUCGGGAUUUAAUGGAGGAGCAAUAUGGUGAACGCUAUGCACAGAAACUGGAGGAGAGACUUGUACACUAUUUGGGAGAGCUAGAUAAAGUCCUGCCACAACCAACGUGUAUUGAACAGGUACUGAAGCAGUCCCAUUCAUAUGGGAGGGGAGAGAAAAUCCUAAAAAAAUUACUUUCAAGGGAAAGUGCAUCUCUAGCCACAGUUCUGAAGAGACUCUUGCAUUGCGCUGUAACAGCAAAUCAGAGCCUUGACGACAGUCUCUCACCAUCACUUUCAAACACUUGUGAGGUACAAAGGGACGCUGAAGUUGUAAAACCAUCCAAUGGUACCCUCUGUGUAUUUCUGAGGUCAUCUCAGAACAGCACAAAGGAGAAUCGACUCUCACAAACCAGCACAAAAGAGCUGUUUGGUUCUCAGGGCUUGUGGCAGAAUAGAAACACAGAAACUAUUUCGCCUCAGGAGAAGAUUUGUGGUAAUGGAGUAAUUGUUACGUCCACGCAGUUGUCAGAUUCUGAAAUAGAUCAGAUUGACUUCAGCCAGUCUCUUCUGGUUGGGAGAGACAGACAGAAGAAAACUCAAUCUGAUCCAGAACAGAAAGAAAGUGAGACUGCUUUUCCAGAGCAGAUCUGCUCCAGACAUGGCAAAAAAAUGAGGAGCAUCCUUCAGGAAUGUUCUGAAGAGCUUGACGGAGAAGUCGUUCAAGCAGAAUGCACCCCAACAUCCAGCCAGAGCACUCCACCUUUUCUCCCGUACACACCACAACCUCAAGCAUCUCCAAACCAGCACUCAUUGUCCUCUAACCCAGAUUCAUCCUCUACGAACAUUUCACUGUCCUACAUCCAGCAGCUCAGUCUUUCACCAGAGUCCUCAAAGAAUCCAGUUGCUCCUUCACCUUCAGUUCUCCAACAGUCCUCAGCCUCAAAGCAACUUGCAAUCAAUGCACAUGGACAGAUUUUAGCUACCGUUGUCUUCACCGAACCAAGCAGAGCUGAUGAACACAAUCUGAAACUGUCCUUAGAGAGUCAAAGCUUCCUAAUGCAGUCCAAGUGGCUUCAACCUCAAGUGUGCCUUAAUAGACUAAGCAAGGAAGAAUGUGCCAGAGCCAUGGAUUCAUACAGAGCCUGUGACAUUUUAGAAAGAGAACAUGAGCCUGAAGAUGAUCAAUACAUGUUAUUUGAUGUAAAUACAUUGUAUUCUGAUUCAUACUCAGAAGACUCAGAUUCGACAGACCCUGAUUACAAGCCUGACUAAGACUAAAACAGAGGACAUCAAAAAAAAAAAAGUCCUGGUGAAUGUAGUCUUCAUCAUGUUUUUCAGAUGCAUAGCCACUCAAACACCGAUUUUAGCAUUUUGCUUUGGAUGUACCUUGAGUCCACCAACAGUUCUCCUCAUCAUCUCAAUCCACAGCCUCAAAACAACUUGUCACUCCAGGAAUCAGUGCAGGACAGAUUUGAGCCACCAUUGUCUUCACCAAACCAAGCUGAACCAAUUAACACAAUCUGAAACUGUCUUAGAGACUCUUAAAGCUUUCUCAUGAAGUCCAAGUGGCUUCGAGAGACUAAGCACAUUUUAGGUAUUUUAGGAGAACAAGAGCCUGAAGUUUAUCAAUACAUGUUAUAUGAUGUAACUACACUGUAUUGUGAUUCAUGACCCUGAUUACAAGCCUGACGGAGACUAAAUCAGAAGACAUUAAAAAAGGUGCCAGCGAACAUGGUCUGCAACAUAUUUUUAGAUGCAUAGGUACUCAAACAUUGAGUUUGGCCCUUUGCUUCGGAUGUUUGAAUGAACUCGCAUUAGGGUUGGGAAACUAUGCAGCUUUUUUACCUCAUCGUUUACCUCAUAAAGGUCACAAUGCUUGCUUUAAAGCUCUUGAAGGUCAAUGCCAAAAUAUUUGUGUCCAGUAUGUUUUUUGUGAUCAGUCAUUUUAGACUCCUGUUGCCCUGAAUGUCCUAUGAAGUGUGAAUAUAUAACUCUAAAACAACAUGGUUUCCAGUGUGGAACACUGUCUGUUGUUGGUUUAGUGACAUAUGUAUGGUAGGUCAGGGUUUUUGCUGGGUCUCUGUAUGGCGUGAUUUAGAGGAUACAUGUUGACAUGCUUUCUAUGAUUGACCUAGAAGGGUUAUGUAGGGACAGACAUUUUGGAUUUUUUACUUGUUUUUUGCCUACAAGAAUGUGUUGACCCUGAAAAAGCAGGUCAGAAGUGUUUUAAGGUUGGUCUUAACCUCACUAAUUCAGUGUUAUGUGUGUACGUGCUGGUUUCUUAAAAAGGUGGUUCUGCCAAGUACAAAAAACAUGAAAGGGAGUUGUGGGUUUAAAGUUCUGACUUUUAUUUACCUGACUUGAGUGUAAAUUUGACUUGAUGUUAUUGCAAACCACUUUGUCAUUAUUGCAUCAGAUAUAGUGCACUCAUUCAUACGUGCUGUCAGGUAGAAAAAAAUGGCAUCUAAUGUCUGUAAGUGUUUUGGAUAAUGAAGGUUGUUUGAGCUUGAAAGAGUUACAUAAAUUAUCCAAGUGACAACAUUUUUUUCUAAUUUAUUUUUAAGCCAGAUGACUUUUAUUAAAGCAAUAGUUCACCCAAAAUGAAAAUUGUCAUUAUUUUGUCAUUAUUUACCUCCUGUAGUUGUCUUUUCUUACUGUGAAAAAAGAAUGGAGAAUGUGCUUGUCACUCUUUUUUUGCAGUUACACUGAAUUGGGCCUGCAAAUUAACUGAUUUUUUAAUAACUUUGAUUUAUGAGCUUCUGAAAAGAUCUUUGAACUUGAUGUCCCUUUAGUAGAAAACAAUGCAUGAACAACUUUUGAUUUGAAUAUUUUUUCAUGAUUGUGAGAGACCCCAAGCCUUUGAUUUUCCAUAUUUUGUAUAGUUGGAAGAAGGCUUUUCACAGACUUAAUCAUUUGCAUAAUAGCAGAAUGGCCAAUAGUUGCAGUGUUAGCACCAACAAAACCACCCCAGACCACGCAAAAACGUGAGCUUAACUUAUGUAAGACAGAUGUGGAGACUAGCCUCUUUCAUUCUCAUUACAGAUGUGGAGAAUACUCUCCAAAUGAUGCUUGAUGAACAAAAUCAGAAGUCUGAAAUACAGUGUUAAACC